AUACCUACCCCGGGAGCUGUUAUAUAGUGAGCAGCAUCUCACAAGCUUCCUGUCACUCGUUCACUGUCCUUUCUUCACUGAAACAUGUCCCAAAAGUCGUUCUUCAUUCGCCCGGCGGUUGUCGACGAUGUGGACGCCAUCUUGAAAUUGGUCGUCGACCAUGCGGCCUACCUGAAAGCUGCAGACCAAGUAAAAGCGACGCCUGAGCUUUUGCGAAAGAAUUUCUUUGAAACACCGUAUGCUCAUACCUUGCUCGCCGUCGUCGGCUCUCGCGAGGCGCCCGGCGAAGUCAUCGGGUUAGCCAUCUACUGCCACAACUUCUCUACAUGGCUUGGCAAGCCAGGCGUUUCCCUCGGAGACAUAUUUGUCUCAGAGGCAUACAGGAGCUAUGGAGUCGGCAAGGCCUUUUUCGGCGAGCUUGCCAAGAUAGCUGAAGCGAAGGACUGUGCGCGUCUCGACUGGGGAGUGAUGAAGUGGAACCAGCCAACCAUUGACUACUAUGAGAAGAAGCUCGGCGCGUCCCCGAUGUCAGAAUGGAUGGGGAUGAGGUUAGAGGGCGAAGGUGUUGCGAACUUGAAGAAGUUUGCCCUGCAAUGAUAUAGACAACGAGAGCCCUGCUUAAACGGCUGGCGGCUGACUUGCAUGGUACCGGGCAGCGGAAGCGGUAUCCACAGGCGCCGCUGACAUGGCCAGAAAGCGAGAUUAGGAUAGAUUAGUUCAACAGGGUCGUACCUCAGGCGGCCAGCCUGGGUAGAUAAUAUAUGUCUGAUAGCUGUCGCAUACGUGCACGCAGGGAAGCAUACUAUCAGGUCAGCAACGGGCCGUCCUUCUCGU